GGUCAACCGAGGACUGCAACUUCAGGACAUAAGUACAAAACUCAUGCACCUAUCUACUGAACUAAGUUUCAAAACAAAAGCUAAUGUGAGGCUGUCAGAAGAAAAUAGUAAUUUGAAGAACCAGGCAGAAGCUGACAAGAGGGAGAUGAGAAAUUUAACAAACCAGAGAGAGGCUGACAAAAGGAAGAUGGAACAGUUGAGGAACCAGAGAGAUGCUGACAGGAGGAAGAUGGAAAAGCUGUGGUACCUUCUGGAACAGCUGGUGGAGCAGAGAGAGGCUGACAGAAGGAUGAUGGAACAGCUGAAGGAGCUGAAAGUGGCUGACAAGAGGGAGAUGGAACAGCUGAAGGAGCAGAAAGAGGCUGACAGAAGGGAGAUGGAACAGCUGAAGGAGCAGAAAGGGGCUGACAAGAGGGAGAAGGAACAGCUGAAGGAGCAGAAAGAGGCUGACAAGAGAGAGAUGGAACAGCUGAGUGACCUUGUGGAACAGCUGAAGGAGCAGAAAGGGGCUGACAAGAGGGAGAAGGAACAGCUGAAGGAGCAGAGAGAGGCUGGCAGGAGGGAGAUGGAACAGCAGAGAGAGGCUGACAGAAGGGAGAUGGAACAGCUGAUGGAGCAGAAAGAGGCUGACAGGAGGGAGAAGGAACAGCUGAAGGAGCAGAUUGCCUCCUUGUCUACCAAGUUCACCUGUUCCUAUGACAUGAGCCGUUCUCCACGUGGGAUUGCCGUCAUCAUCAACAACAUCAACUUUGAGGACAUGCCCCGCCGUGACGGUGCGGAAGGAGAUACAGAUCGUCUCCGAGAAGCCUUUGAAAGCCUGAAUUUCAAGGUCUUCAUCUUCCAUGACCUUGACCAGGCCAGGAUGGUGGCUACUAUGAAGGAACAGGGAAGGGCAGACCACUCAAACUACGACUGUUUUGUCUGCUGCAUCAUGUCGCACGGCACUGGGGGGAUGGUCUACUCUUCCGAUGACGUAGGCAUAGAUAUCAGUCAGCUCAUGAAGCCAGUCAAUGCUAAGAAAUGCCCCUCUCUCAAAGGCAAACCGAAGUUGUUCUUCAUUCAGGCUUGUCAGGGAGAGAAACUUCAGGGUAGGGAGAGCUUCGAUGGUGACUACGAUGUCAAACCUGUCCUCUAUAUCUGCCACGAAGCCGACUUCUUCCUGGGCCUGGCCACGGUCCCAGGCUAUGUGGCUGUGCGGUUUGAGGACGGGGCUCCCUAUGUGUGGCAUUUGGCAAAACUACUGAAAGAUUUCGGCCCAACCCACGAUCUGUCCACCAUCAUGGCAAUGGUCUGUGAUAAAAUGAACAACUCUGGCUGGAUCUCCUCAAAUCACAGCACUUUGCGUAAAAACAUCAUCUUCAGUGCAAAUUGAGUACUUAAUCCAAUCAAAGUGGAUAUAACAGCAACUCUCAUUAUUGCUCUGGGUAUCUUAAGGCCGCUGCCAAACAGUACUAUCAAGGUAUUCCAAAGAAUGAAUAUCUUGAGCACAUGAUGUCUAUUUUAAUAAGCCAUGUUUUUUAUCAAUCUGGUAGUCUUAGGGUGCACAAAGGAAUUAUGAGAGUUGAAAUUGCCAGCAAAACAUUGUUUUGGUGUCCAUGUCUUUCAGCAGGGCAUUUUGAAAAUGGGGAACAAGGGCACUGUGCCCCAUACCAUUAAGGUUAAACCAUGGCCCCCUCUUACCCUGACGAGAAGAUUCUCUGACAAGCAUAAAAUUCUGAUUGACCAGAGUUGCUACCAGGUCAAAUGUGGCCACCAUUUUCAACUGUAACCUUUCUGACAGUAGCCUCCUUCACCGGCCUCUCUGGGGGAGGGUGGUGGUGGUGAGGUUGGGGGGAUUUGUAGGUCGAUUUGCGAUAUACUUAUGGGGGCGAGUACAAGCUUCCCGGCAUAUAUUCCUUGCCUGGCAUAUUUUCCUUCUCGACGUAUUCGCAGUUAAUAAUCGCAAAUCGCCCUAUCAUCCCGCCGCCAAUGCCCCCAGAGAGGCAAGUUACUUAUCAGGAAGCCUUGCAAAGACCCAUUUUAACUUAAAAUUCUCUAAAACUCUGCACCCUGGAAGAGGAAUGCUCAUCAUCAAUACCAUCACCACACUUGGUUGCUCCGCUCCAUUGCAGUGCUCUCCCUUGACAUUUUUUCUUUAAAAAAACUGCUUUCUCUGUCAGCAGCAUGUUGGUACAAGAGAAUGAGGCACAAAUAUCUGUGACUACAUGUUGUCAGAGCAAUAUGCCAAAAAGUUUAGUAUCCAAAUGUAAAAAGAAAUCAGAUUAAGUGAUACAGACAAGUAUGUGAUAUCACAAUCAUAAGAAGACCAAAGCUGUCAACAGGAUGUUAAUAAGAAUUUUCAUUGUAUACACCUUCAAGAUCUUCUAAGGAAAUAUACACAAUCACAUCUAUUUUUGUAAUGUGGAAAAAAUAUUGGGGAAUAUUUAUUAUUUGUGUUUGACAUGUACUAACAGUAAUAUAUGGAAGAAAAGAUAUGUGAAUAUUUAGAUUCAUCUGAAGAUGUUAGUUUAUAGAUUCAUGUCAGUAGAAUAAAGUAAGCGCUUUUACCAGAUGAUGUUGCCAUGUAUACAUAUGAUUAGCCUUGUAGAAAAAAGUAAUAAACUUAGAAUGAUUACUGCAGAUAAUGUCUUGACCUUCUGCAGUGUCUCAAAGAAUAUCUACAGCUCCAGUGCCCCUACCAGCUGUCGUUAGUGUGGGUUCACACAAUUAUGUAUGUACAAGGCUGUAUGAGUUAUUAAACUUUAUUUUGGUUUAGGAAAAGUUUGUGGGGAA